UGGGAAAAUUCAGUGGUGGUGGUGGUGUGUGUUGGUUUCCUUUGCUGUUGUUGGAGCCUCUAAUCAAAUGCAAGGUGAUGACAAGAAAUUGGAGGUCCAUGCCAACUGCCCUCAGCUCUAAGAGCUAAAGAAGUUCCAGCCCACGGUUGCUCUAACAGGUCUCCAGAUCUAAUUUAGCACAGGUGCCCCCCUAGAUGGUCUCCUUCUUCCCUCCACCCCUUCCCUUCCUCCCUUCCAUAGUCAGCCUGCCCUUUGCCCCGGUGCAGAAUCUGCCGUUUUCUUAGGCAACAAAGUUUGGGGAGAAGAAGAAGGGGAAAGAGCACAGAGAACAGGAGCGCGGUUUUGGAAACACCACAUUAGAACCCCAGCUUCUCCCAGAAGUACAUCCAAAUAAGCCCUUGGCUGUGUCCUGGCUGUCCCCGCCAGGCUUCUUUCUAUGUUUGCUUUGUUAACUAUGAAUCUGGAGCCUCAUCUCCUUUCAGUCCGUGUUUGUGAGCAGACGUCUCCAUCCUAUUUUCUCCCAUCCCAGGGCUGUAGUAGAAUUUCAAGAACAUGGCUGGAUGGUGUUAAAAAAAGCAGGGAAGGCUUCAGGAAAGGGCAGCUGGUGAAGGAAUCCUCGACACAGGGAGAGCUCUCGUUUCAGAAAAGGCACAAAGAGUGUGAUGAAGCUCUAACUGGGGAAGUUGUGAGAUAUCUUUGGGAACGCCACGGUUAGGUCACUAAAAGGGAAUGCAAAGGAAUGGUCUGUCGGUCAGGAGGCAUGCGUGUGUGCAAACUGCAGUGUAUAACUGGAGACGUCAAGGAGAAGAAUGUUCUGUCUUGUGGUUGAGCAAUCGAGGCAUCAGAUGAUCAAGACUGAGGCGGCUAAGGUCUAUAUAAAGGUCAUCUAUAAUUUUCUAAUCAAAGCUGCAACCCUAGUUGUAAUGGAAGAUUUUUAAGUUAAAAUAGAGAGCGGAAUUAUUGAAGACUUUAAAACUCUGUAAGAGUAAGUUAACUAAUUUACUCAAGGAGUUCUUGGCUUCAUUAGGGUUGACAGUGUUUCUGAGAACUAUCGAACAUGGAAAAUUUCUGUUCAGUGACUCCAUUUUAUUUUUGGAAGAUAACAAUAGUUGUUCAUACCCUUACAAUUCAUUAUUAGCAAAUAUUAUCCUUGCUUGUAUUAGCUUCCAAUCUUUUUGAGUUUUGAAAAUAGACAUUUAUUUAUAGGCAAGUUUGUAUAGGCAUCAUUGGAAACUUAACAUUCUCUUUUUUUCUUCGAAUGUAACUACUGUUAAAGAUUUGGUGUCUUUUCAGUCCAUUUUUUAAAUUAUGUAUUUUGUUUUGUUUUGGGGACAGGUCUCACUGUGUAGUCCUGGCUGGCCUGGAACUCACAAUGUAGACCAGGAUAGCCCUGAAUUCACAGAGAUCUCCCUGCUUUUACCUCCCAAGUUCAGGUAUUGAAGGCAUGCACCACCACACCCAGACUCAGUCUAUUAACUGGGGCUGGAAAGGUGGCUUAGUGAAUAAGAUCCCUGGUUGUUCUUUCAGAGGACCUGGGUUCUGUUCCCAGCAUAAAUGUGUACAGAGAUACCUCCAGGUAGAACACCCAUACAUAUAAAAGUAUGCUUAAAACAACAAGAAUAACAAACCGACAACAAACUUGUACUAAUUGCAUGUGCAAUCAUAAAUAGCUUGUGAUGUUUAUUUAUGCAAAUAGAUUGUGCUCUGUGUUUACCUUGACAUUUUGUGGUUGGAAACUGUUGUAUAUAACUUACAUGUUUAAUGUGUAUGUUUAUGGACCUGUAGCACAUGUGGAGGUCAGAGGAUAACCUGUGGAAGUCAGUCCUCUCCCUCCUCCAGAUAGGUCCUAGGGUUCAAGACUGUUAGGCUUGGCACCAAAGGCCUCCAUUCGAACCAUCUUGCUGGCCCUCAUUUAUCUUUAAAAUCUGGUGUUUUGUUUUUCUUUUCUAUAUACGGCAUCAUAGUUUACCAUUCUUCUUAUGGCAUCUGAAUUGUUCUUAGUUUUCCCUAGGCAACAAUGAGCUAGAGAAGGGAAGAAUGUCUUUGUGUGUGUUCACGAGUGUGUGAGAGUCUUGCCAUAGCCAUCUAUCUGCCUGGUGCUGCUAACAGUUAGGACUGAGUAGAUCUUGAGAUAGCAUAUACAUCUUAGAAUUUCUCACAGCAUUCCUGACAUCUGCUCACUAGAAACUAGUAUAGCACCUUUCCAAGUUGUAGUAACCAGGCAUGUCCCCUGACAGAUCUCUCUCUGGUACAGCAAAAUCACUACAGUUUCUGCUAAAACUCUAGGCAUGUGCACACAGAAGUGGAACUGCCAGCUUGUUCUGAUCCAAGUUCAUAAGGAAUCAACAGUAGCCUUCCUUGAAGAACUGCCUCUUCUAUUUGCUGCCUGGAGUUAACAUUGUUUCCUGCUGGCAGAAUCAGGGACAUGCCAGCACUAGCGGGAUGAGUGGGCGUGCCGGCGGGGAUGUGGUCACUGACGGCCAAUGAGGACGCGAAGACUACGGCCCACUUCUUCCUCGGAGCCGGAGAUGAGGGCUUGGGCGCCUGUGGAAUAGGCAUGAGGAUGGAAGAGAGUGACAGUGAGCUCCUUGAGGAUGAGGAGGAUGAAGUGCCUCCAGAACCUCAAAUUAUUGUUGGCAUCUGUGCCAUGACCAAGAAGUCUAAGUCCAAGCCGAUGACCCAAAUCCUCGAGCGACUCUGCAGGUUUGACUACCUGACUGUUGUCAUCCUGGGAGAAGAUGUCAUCCUCAACGAACCCGUGGAGAACUGGCCAUCCUGCCACUGUCUCAUCUCCUUCCACUCCAAAGGCUUUCCUCUGGACAAAGCUGUUGCUUACUCCAAGCUUCGAAACCCCUUCCUUAUCAAUGAUCUGGCCAUGCAGUAUUACAUCCAAGAUAGGAGGGAGGUGUACCGGAUCCUGCAGGAGGAAGGUAUCGAUCUGCCGAGAUAUGCUGUACUCAACCGUGACCCCGCCUGUCCUGAGGAGUGCAACCUGAUAGAAGGAGAAGACCAGGUGGAGGUCAACGGAGCUGUCUUCCCCAAGCCCUUUGUGGAGAAGCCAGUGAGUGCAGAGGACCACAAUGUUUACAUCUACUACCCCAGCUCCGCCGGGGGAGGAAGCCAGCGCCUCUUCCGGAAGAUUGGCAGCCGGAGCAGUGUCUACUCCCCCGAGAGCAGCGUCCGGAAGACAGGAUCGUACAUCUACGAGGAGUUCAUGCCAACAGAUGGCACAGAUGUUAAGGUGUAUACAGUGGGGCCAGAUUAUGCCCAUGCUGAAGCGAGAAAGUCUCCAGCUUUGGAUGGGAAGGUGGAACGAGACAGUGAGGGGAAAGAGGUUCGCUAUCCAGUCAUGUUGACGGCCAUGGAAAAGCUGGUGCGGAAGGUCUGCGUGGCUUUUAAGCAAACAGUUUGUGGAUUUGACCUUCUUCGUGCCAACGGUCACUCCUUUGUGUGCGACGUCAAUGGCUUUAGCUUUGUCAAGAACUCGAUGAAAUAUUAUGAUGAUUGUGCCAAGAUUCUGGGGAACACCAUUAUGCGGGAACUUGCGCCACAGUUCCAGAUACCAUGGUCCAUCCCCACAGAGGCUGAGGACAUUCCCAUUGUCCCUACCACGUCUGGCACCAUGAUGGAGCUCCGCUGUGUCAUCGCGAUUAUCCGUCACGGAGAUCGCACCCCAAAGCAGAAGAUGAAGAUGGAGGUGACGCACCCGAGGUUUUUUGCUCUAUUUGAAAAACAUGGUGGAUACAAGACGGGAAAAUUAAAACUUAAGCGACCUGAGCAGCUCCAGGAGGUGCUGGACAUUACGAGACUGCUGCUGACUGAACUGGAGAAGGAACCAGGCAUUGAGAUUGAGGAGAAGACGGGGAAACUGGAGCAGCUGAAGUCCGUGCUGGAGAUGUAUGGUCACUUCUCAGGUAUCAAUCGGAAGGUGCAGCUGACUUACUACCCCCACGGAGUGAAGGCUUCGAACGAGGGCCAAGAUCCACAGAGAGAAGCCCUGGCACCAUCUCUCUUGCUGGUCCUGAAGUGGGGCGGAGAGCUGACUCCUGAUGGCCGCGUGCAGGCCGAGGAGCUGGGGCGAGCCUUUCGCUGCAUGUACCCUGGGGGCCAGGGUGACUAUGCGGGCUUCCCUGGCUGUGGGCUGCUCCGUCUCCACAGCACUUUCCGACAUGACCUCAAGAUCUACGCCUCUGACGAGGGUCGAGUCCAGAUGACUGCUGCCGCCUUUGCAAAGGGCCUCCUGGCUCUAGAAGGGGAGCUCACACCCAUUUUGGUGCAAAUGGUGAAGAGUGCCAACAUGAAUGGGCUGCUGGACAGCGACAGCGACUCUCUGAGCAGCUGCCAGCACCGGGUGAAGGCGCGGCUGCACCACAUCCUGCAGCAGGACGCCCCCUUCGGCCCCGAGGACUAUGACCAGCUGGCCCCCACUGGCAGCGCUUCUCUGCUCAACUCCAUGUCUAAAAUCCAGAAUCCCGUGAAAGUCUGUGAUCAGGUGUUCGCCCUGAUUGAAAACCUUACCCACCAGAUCCGGGAGCGGAUGCAGGACCCCAGCUCUGUAGACCUGCAGCUCUACCACAGUGAGACACUAGAGCUAAUGCUGCAGCGUUGGAGCAAACUAGAGCGCGACUUUCGACAAAAGAGCGGCCGCUAUGACAUCAGCAAGAUCCCUGAUAUCUACGACUGUGUCAAGUACGAUGUGCAACACAAUGGAAGUCUGGGACUUCAAGGCACAGCCGAGUUGCUACAUCUUUCAAAAGCUCUGGCCGAUGUGGUCAUCCCGCAGGAGUAUGGGAUCAGUCGAGAGGAGAAAAUGGAAAUUGCUGUAGGUUUCUGUCUGCCACUGCUGCGGAAAAUCCUCCUUGACCUGCAGAGAACCCACGAGGAUGAGUCUGUCAACAAGCUGCAUCCCCUGUACUCCCGCGGGGUGCUCUCUCCAGGCCGCCAUGUUCGGACACGUCUCUAUUUCACCAGUGAGAGUCACGUUCACUCCCUACUCAGUGUCUUCCGUUACGGGGGACUUCUUGAUGAGACCCAGGAUGCACAAUGGCAGCGAGCUUUGGCUUAUCUUAGUGCCAUCUCAGAGCUCAACUACAUGACCCAGAUUGUUAUCAUGCUCUAUGAGGACAACACGCGGGACCCGUUGUCGGAAGAGCGGUUCCACGUGGAGCUGCAUUUCAGCCCUGGGGUGAAAGGUGUGGAAGAAGGCAGUGCCCCGGCGGGCUGUGGAUUCCGUCCAGCCUCCUCGGAGAACGAGGAGAUGAAAGCAGAUCAAGGCAGCAUAGAGAACCUAUGCCCGGGGAAGGCCGCAGAUGAACCCGACCGAGCAUUGCAGACCUCACCCCAGCCUGUUGAGGGCACUGGCCUCCCAAGGAGAUCACCCCUCAUUCGGAAUCGAAAGGCUGGCUCCAUGGAGGUCAUGAACAUGCAGUGCACGGGGAACCUGGACCUGAUCCCCUUGAGGGGACGGCGCCGCAGGAGGUCAGGAGACCUCCCCAGGCUUUCCCCAGCCAUCGGCCUACAGCCCCGGGCUGUGUCCACCACUCACCUGGCUUCCUGCACACAGGUGCUGUCUGAAACUUCAUCUUCGAGACCUGGUGGCUACCGGCUGUUUUCAUCUUCACGGCCACCAACCGAGAUGAAGCAGAGCGGCCUCGGCUCACAGUGCACAGGGCUGUUCAGCACCACAGUGCUGGGUGGCUCCUCCAGCGCUCCGAAUCUUCAGGACUACGCCCGCAGCCAUGGCAAAAAGCUCCCGCCUGCCAGUCUAAAGCACCGAGAUGAGCUCUUGUCUGUCCCGGCCGUAAAACGAUUUUCUGUGUCGUUUGCAAAGCAUCCGACUAACGGAUUUGAAGGGUGCUCCAUGGUACCUACCAUCUACCCCCUGGAAACACUACAUAAUGCCCUUUCCUUGCGUCAAGUGAGUGAAUUCUUGACCAAAGUCUGCCAGCGCCACACUGAUGCCCAUGCUCAGGCAUCUGCAGCCCUCUUUGACUCUAUGCACAACAACCAGGCCUCAGAUGGCCCGUUCUCCCCACCCCGUGCUCUUCACUCACCGCCCCUGCAGCUUCGGCAUCGCUCUGAAAAGCCACCUUGGUACAGCAGUGGUCCCUCCAGCACCGUGUCCAGCGCUGGCCCUUCCUCUCCUACCGCAGCGGAUGGAAACUCACACUUUGGCUUCAGUGAUCAGUCCUCUGUAAAUACACAUAUGACUGAAGAAAACCAAGGCCUUGGGUUGCUCCCGGGGCCUCCUGGAGAUGGAACCCAAGAGUUCCCCGUGGAAAGACAGCAAGAGCUUGUUGAGCCGAAUCAGUCCCCUCAAGAGCCCCCUGUAGAAGUCAGCCCUCUAGGAGGACAAGAUGUUGCCGAGGUCAGCCAGACAUGCCAGGAGGUCCCCGAUACCACUCAGACAUGCCAUGACAUCCUUGAGGAGGUCGGCCAGCCUAACCAGGAGGUCCCUGACGUCAGCCAGCUGUUCCUGAAGAACCACGACACUGCUGCCAACGCACGUCAGCCAUGCCAGAAGGCCGGCCAACUACCUCAGAAAGUUCAUGAGGAAGUUUGCCAACUCUUUCAAGACAACCCUGAGGAGAGUGACCAGCUGUGCCAAGAGGCCCAUGGAUCCCCUGUGGGGGUUGGUAGCAUGGUCCAGGAAACCUUUAUGGAAAUUGGCAGGCCAACCCAAGAGAUCCCUGAAGAGAUCAGCCCACCAUGCCAGGAGUUCUCUGUGGAGGUUGGCAUGCUGGCUCAGGAGGUUCCUGCCAUCAUCGAGUUGUCUCAAGACAUCCCCGAGACUGACAAACCAUCCCCGGAGCUCACUGAGGAGACUGGUCUGCAGGCUCAGGAGGUCUCUGAGGAGACUGACGAGGACUCCAGGAUGGUCCCUGAGGUGGUUGAUGAGCUGCCUAGUGAGGAGAUCCCCCAAGGCCAGGGUCUGUCUAGUGAUGGAAACACGGAAAGCCAGUCCCUGGCCCAUGCCCAGCACUCAUCCCCCACCAGCAAUGUGUAAUUAGCCGCUCUCUCAUUUGGGGUCACUCUGUCAGCCAUUUGAGCCAGAACCUUUCUGUUGGCUAACACUAGCCAGAGCAAGGCCUGGGCUCCCACCAGGGGUAUCUGAGGAAGCAGGCCUGCUGGCAUGAAACGUACUUCUGCCAGAGCUUAUGCCUAAGCAAGAGCCGGUUUAUGUUCAGAGCAGCUGCUAGCUCUUCACUUAGCCAUGGGGUGGGAAAUCGUAGAUUGUUCUAGGAAAUACCACUUAACUGUUGAAGAUGCCGUUGAGGAGACAGCAGAUAUAAGAUGCAAGGCAGCAGGCUCUCUACUUGUUGGAGGAAAUAUUCACAACUUCUUAAGGUACCCUCAGACCAUAUGUGCAUUAAAGGAAGCUCUUGUCUUCACUGUCACAGGCAGACCCAGGAUAGCCACCUGAAAUGUCUGCAAAAUAGAGUUCCCUUCUCACAAACAUCUGUCAUGGCCACUCACGGUUUAGACUGGGCUUAUGGGUAUUUCCAUAUAAUUGCCAAGUGCUCCCUCUGCCCUAGUCCUGUUCCUCUGGAGAGUGACUCUAGAGAAAAAUAGAUAAUAGAUUGCCAUGCAACUUCAGAGUGACUACUUAGAAUGCUCUGGGAGAUUUGGAUCAACCUAUGAAGCUAGGCCUCCUUUGUCAAGAGGCUCUUGGGCUUAGAAGACGCUGUAGUAGAGAGAAUCGAGUUCUAUUUUAAGCAGUUAGCAGAGAUCAAUGUUGUACAGACAUGAGCAAAGAUUUAAUAUAUAUAUAUAUAUUAUAUAUAUAUAAGCAUAUAUAUUUCUGUAGUUUGCCAGGGACAGACUGGCCAAAGAUCAAACACUCCAGGGUCCCCAAAAGGUUUAUCCUUAUAUCAUGUGUCUUUAGAACCAUAUGUGAUUAUGAAGCUUUUCCCAAAGAUCACGGAUGGGAGUGGGUGUGGGUAAUGCAGUCAUUGGAGUUGGGGGCCGGAACAUCGCAAAGUGCUCAAUAAAUAGUAAAUAUUGAGAACGCUGG